UAGCUCUUCCAAGCAAAUCGUGAUCAAAACAGCAUUGUGACCAAUGCAAUUAAUCCAUCUAUCAGAGCGCGCUAUGUGCGUCUUAAUCCGCGUGGCUGGCGUGGUUAUCCAUGCUUGAGGGCAGAAUUUUAUGGAUGCCCAGUUGGUAGGUAGUCGUUUAAACGAAAAAAAAAUAUUUAAUAGAAAAUUGUCUUAAUUUUUGGCAUCGUAAUUGGAAGGUCUAGACGAGCUUGUCUGCUUUCAUGUUCACCAGUAUGUCUGCAUGCAUGAUACAGUGUAGUUAAUAACUUUGUCUCUUAAAUUGGGGGCAGCAUUGUGUAGUGGUUAAGGGCGCGUGAUUUGUGAAAAAGAGGUCUAGAUUUCAAUUAAAUCCUCCUCCCUGCCGCCAGAUGGAUUUGUGUUGGUGGUCCCAGAUUCAACUCCUCCAAAUUUUGUAAAUAGGCAAGUAGUCAGCUUCACACCAGUUGGGAUUUUUAACAAGUUUCUGUUCAAUUUACAAUAUUUGUUUGUUUUUUCAGUGUCCCAACAAGUACUGACAGUAGCGCUAAACACUUCAACACUUAAUCGUUGGAUGUUGGCCACUAUUGAACUUUUUCCACUUUCACUUCAACACUUGAAUAAACUGAUUUAUUUUAUUUCAAUUAUUUAUUUAAAUCUUAUUUUUAUUCUCAAAGAUCGAUGUGACGUUCCACUUGGAAUCCAAGAUGGCCGCAUCACAAGAUCCAUGUUCACUGCCUCAUCCAUGCACAACCACUAUUACGGUCCUUGGAGUGCCAGACUGCAGGCGCAGAACCGAGGUUCUACCCGAGGGGGCUGGCUUGCCAAAUACCGCAACACCCAUCAGUGGCUGCAGAUUGACUUAGGAGUAAUUUCCGUUGUGAAGCGAAUUGCUACCCAGGGUCGGUAUGAUGCGAACCAGUGGGUUACAUCAUAUACUGUUUCCUACGGCAACAAUGGAGUCAGAUUUUUCCCUUACAAGCAGGCGAGAAGAACCAAGGUAAGGCAAUUGCAUUUCUUUAAAGCACGCACUUCUGGACUGGAACAGAAAAUUAAUAUUUUAUUUUAUAUUUUAUAUCCUUUGCAAACUGAACAACUUGAAGAUGCAAAUCAGUGGGUGAGAAGUUACACAGUCAAGUACAGCAUAGAUGGAAUGAACUUUGUGCCCUACAAGGAAAAUCGUCGUGUGAAGCUUUUCAAUGCUAACACGGACCGUCACUCAGUAGUUUAUCACCAGUUCAUGAGACCGUUCACUGCCAUUUAUGUGCGGAUAUAUCCAAGAUCUUGGUACAGCUGGAUAUCAAUGAGGGCUGAAAUUUUUGGUUGUUCAGUGUCACUGUGUAACCGCGCCCUGGGACUGCAAAAUGGCCGAAUCCGUAACAGCCAGAUCACUGCAUCCUCAGAAGUAAACCGUUACCAUGCUGCUUGGCUUGGUAGACUAAAACGAGUGAAGGCUGGUCGUUACAUAGGAGCCUGGUGUCCCAAGCACAGGAACCACAAUCAGUGGUUCAAAGUGGACUUCCGUCGGCUAAUGAAAAUAACCAAAAUAGCCACACAGGGAAGACAUGAUGCCGGUCAUUGGGUCACAUCAUACUAUUUGUCAUCAAGUGUGGACAAUGUACAUUGGGCAAUAUAUCGCUUCAGAAGUGCAAAUCAGGUAUUCAGUCGUAUCUCUACAAUAGUUUGUUCAUCAGCAAUGACAACCCCAAAGUUUUCAUUUUUUCCUCAAGUUUUUUCACACAUAUUUACUUGAAGCGUUGCUUCUUGGCGUCACAUGGCAAGCCCCACGCAAAUCCA